AUGUCUCAUUAUCCAAGCUUUUUUAAUAAUUUUCAAAGAAAUUUUACAUUCCAAAAUAAUGUGCCGUCACAUUUUAUUUUGCCCCCACCCCCUCCCCCAGUCGCAACUACUCCUGAAACAGAUGAGGAAUUUAUAAAAAAGUUCAGUGAAAACAUGCCUCAAGCUAAACCGAAGCCUAAAAUUAACAGAAGUAAAAUCUGGAAAAUGAAAGUUGAUGUCAUCCAUCUUAUAGGCUCUCUUCAUGAUAUUAAACUUCAAGAAGAAACUUUGUCAUCAAAUUAUACUCUCUCUGAUGAAGAGUGGCAGUCUGCUGUACAAAAUAUAAACAUAAAUAAGAAAGUUAUCAAAGAUACUAUCAUAAAAAUAUCGAAAAAUGGUUUAGAUAUUAGUAGGAAACUCGUUAUUAAGAGACGGGCUAAGAGAUUGCGCUUAAAGCGUCUCAGAGAAGAGAGGAAGAAGGAAAGAGAAGAAAGAAUUCGACAGAAUAAGGAGAACUCGAGGAAAAUUGACGAGAACUUGCAGAAAAUCAAGGAUCAUAUAGAGAAAGCUAAACAGGAAGAGGAAGCCAAAUUUAAAGCAGAUAUAGUAUUAAAAGAGGUUUUAAGAAAGAAACAUGAUGCUAAAAAGAGUAUAGCAAAGCUUGAGGCCCUCGUAAAACUUAGGAAGGCUAGAGAGAACACGACUAAGGGUCAAGGACAGGCUGUGUCUGAAGUUGAGAGCAACGCUUUUCAUGAUAAUAUAGAUCGCCUGAAAUCUCUGUGGAAGCACAAAUUAUCGGACUAUGAGAAAGAGGAAAUUGAGUUGAGAAAAACUCUCGAGCAACCGAAUGUUGAAACAGAAACUGAUUUACAAGCAAGCAACAUUGUGAAGUGGAGGAAGGCACUGUUUGGUGGUCAAAGCAACCCGCAGUUUGAUUUUAAUGGGGAUUUAGAGAGAUUUAUUAGUGUUAGAGCUGAAUGGGAUCAGUACAUUGACGACGGUCCAGAAUCUACUCCAAUCCCCAUCGGCUGGGUGUAUCCCGACAAGAAAACAUAAUUUCAAUCAAGCUUUAUAGCAUUAUUUUGCAUAUAUUUUUAAAAGUUUCGUAUGUAUAAUCUGCAUUUAUGCUUUAAUAAAAUUAUUAAAGGGUUUUUGUACUAAAAAAAC